AUGUUAGACGAAGACUCAAUGCAAGAUAUUGACAUUUCUAUCAAUGAUUUGUCCCCAGUUUCAGUGCAGACCAUAGUAUGCAUAUUUCAAAAAGCAAUUCGAUCUGGGCAAGAUACAAUUUUAUAUUGGUAUCACUUUGCUGGAAAAUAUGACAAAAGAAUAGAUGAAGUUUCUGUUAGCAACAAGGUCGAUAAGAAAAAGGCAACUAGCUUAGUAUAUCACGAAAUUAAACAUGCAGUAGGGAUAGAAAAAAUUAAACAAGUUUCAUAUAACGCAAAUUCACUUUCUAACUUCUCUUAUACACAAAUCCAAAACAUCAUAAAUUAUGUCUUGCGGAAGCAAAGAUGUAAAGCAUCUAACGAACAGACUUCUAACUUAAAUAUUCUACUAACCAAGAAAACCUUGGAGGAAACUGAGGUAAACGAAAAAGUUAAUAAAACAGAAGUAAAUAUAUCUAUCGAAUCUCAAUCCCUUGUUUUAUCUAGUAAUGAACCAUCUCCAAAAAAUAAUCAAGAUUUGAAAUUUUCAGGAACCAAGAUACAGGUAAGUAUACCUGAUGAGGAUAUUAGCAAUAAUAACGAUGAUGAGGAUGGGAAAGAAUCUUCUGACGAUGAUAACUUCGAUGAUGAUGAAACGAAUUCAAAAGAUUCAACUAAGCAUAGAGGAAUAGAAUCAUAUAAAAUGGGAGCAUGGAUACACAAACAAAUACCAGGCCCUUUAGGGUUGACUCUAUGA